ACCACCGGGGCACAAGUACAGGUAGCUGGGGACCUUCUGCCCAACUCCACAGAGAGAGGAGUGACGAUAUCUGGGACCCAAGACGCUAUCAUCCAGUGUGUCAAACUGAUAUGCACUGUAAUUCUUGAGGUACUGUACACUCGGCUGCGUUCUCCACACAUCUCCAAAAGUGUGCACUUAGCCGAUAGCAGUGUGGUUUAUUUGCAUGGCUCAUGGCUUCACCAGAGGAUUGGUUUUCAUCACCACAUCAUUACCAGCCACAGUAAGAGAUGAAGGUCAUAAUUGAUUUAAAGACAGACUCCAGCUAUUUUUACUGUUUAAAAAACAAUAUUAUUAGGUACACCAAUCUAGUACCGGGUCAGACCCCCUUUUUCCUCCAGAACAGCCUGCAUUCUUCGGGGAAUGGAUUCUGCAAGGUGUGGCUUUCAAACGUUGCUCAACUGGUAUCAAGAGGGACCUACCGUGUGCCAGGAAAACAUUCCCCACACCAUUACACCACCAGCCACCAGCCUGUACCGUUGACACCAGGCAGGAUGGGGCCAUGGACUCAUGCUGUUUACGCCAAAUCAUGACUCUGCCAUCAGCGUGACGCAACAGGAACUGAGAUUCGUCAGACCAGGCAAAUGUUUUUCCACUCCUCAGUUGUCCGGUGUUGGUGAUGGCGUGCCCACUGGAGCCGCUUCUUCUUGUUUUUAGUUGAUAGGAGUGGAACCCGGUGUGGUCGUCUGCUGCGACAGCCCGUCCGUGACAAGGACCGAUGAGUUGUGUGUUCCUAGAUGCCGUUCUGCACACCACUGUUGUACUGCGCCGUUAUUUGUCUGUUUGUGGGCCGCCUGUUAGCUUGCGUGAUUCUUGCCAUUCUCCUUCCACCUCUCUCAUCAAUGAGCUGUUUUCUCCCCCAGGACGGCCGCUGAAUGGAUGUUUUUAGUUUGUUGCACCAUUCUCUGUAAACCCUAGACACUGUCGUGUGUGAAAAGCCCAGGAGGCCAAGCGUUUCUGAGAUACUGGAUCCGGCGCUCCAGGCACUGACGAUAGUACCAUAUCGCUUAGGUCACUCUUUUUCCCCAUUCUAACGUUCAAUCAAACAGCAACUGAAUGCCUCGAUGCCUGUCUGCCUGCUUUACAUAACAAGUCACGGCCACGUGACUCACUGUCUGUAGGAGCGAAUCAUUUUCAUGAACUGGGUGGUGUACCUAAUAAACUGAGUGUAUAUGUUUUUUGAGCAAGAUAGCGUUUUUUUUUUACACAAGUGCAAACUUCAAGGAGUAGGUCAUUUAAGGAGUUGGUCUGAUGGUGCCCUCUGAUGUCAUCAGCCUCCGCCUUGCUUGGGGAACAAUAGAGAACAAAAAAGGAAAGCCCCCCCCCCCCCCCCAACUUGUGCCAUGUCAUGAGGAUACCUGGAUCACCUAGUAAGAUUUGCCUUUUGUUAAGUAAAUCAGGUGAUAGGAGACUGGAGUAUGACUUUAAGCAAAACGUGUGAAAUCGUCAAGUAUCAAAAAAGAUGUAUGAUAAACAACACACAAGACUACGACAUGUGGUCCUCUGUAGCUCAAUUGGUAGAGCAUGGCGCUUGUAACGCCAGGGUAGUGGGUUCGAUCCCCGGGACCACCCAUACGUAAAAAUAUAUGCGCACAUGACUGUAAGUCGCUUUGGAUAAAAGCGUCUGCUAAAUGGCAUAUUAUAUUAUAUUACUAUAAAUGUAAUACUAAUCUAAUCUAAUCUAUCUGUCUGUCCGUCUGUAAUGCAAUAUCUAAAAUGUAUACCCUCUUAUCUGCAAAUAUUAAGAACUAGCCUACCGCAGUGAGUAGACCACUUAUGAGGAUUAGUCUAAAUGCUAAAACAGAGAAAUCAAAGGAUUUAGUAACUCAUUGUUAUUCCACCUGAAUCUCUGCUGGAGAGAACGCUGACCCUAUCCAAGCAUGCACUUUCAAUGUAAUUUUAGAAUCAAAGCGUUUCAAAGAUACAUCUACUUUGUCUGUAUAGUUGUAGUUUUUUGGUCGUUUUGUAUCUAGUCUCCUCAAAGGGAGCCUGUAUUGACCAUAUUCAUAGUGUUUAAAUAUCUAGUCCCUAGCUCUAAUCCUAUCUAGUGUUUAUAUAUCUAGUCCCUAGCUCUAAUCCUAUCUAGUGUUUAUAUAUCUAGUCCCUAGCUCUAAUCCUAUCUAGUGUUUAAAUAUCUAGUCCCUAGCUCUAAUCCUAUCUAGUGUUUAUAUAUCUAGUCCCUAGCUCUAAUCCUAUCUACUGGUUAUAUAUCUAGUCCCUAGCUCUAAUUCUAUCUAGUGUUUAUAUAUCUAGUCCCUAGCUCUAAUCCUAUCUAGUGUUUAUAUAUCUAGUCCCUAGCUCUAAUCCUAUCUAGUGUUUAUAUAUCUAGUCCCUAGCUCUAAUCCUAUCUAGUGUUUAUAUAUCUAGUCCCUAGCUCUAAUCCUAUCUACUGUUUAUAUAUCUAGUCCCUAGCUCUAAUCCUAUCUAGUGUUUAUAUAUCUAGUCCCUAGCUCUAAUCCUAUCUACUGUUUAUAUAUCUAGUCCCUAGCUCUAAACCUAUCUAGUGUUUAUAUAUCUAGUCCCUAGCUCUAAUCCUAUCUAGUGUUUAUAUAUCUAGUCCCUAGCUCUAAUCCCAUCUGACACUCCAGGCAGGCUAAAGGAAAUGCUCAAAAUAUGUAGAAGAUUUCCACGUUUUUGAAACGUGGUCCCAACAUUCUUCAACUCAUCUAUCCUUUUUAGGCUGUACGACUAUAUUUGAUUGUGUGUUGUUGCCCUCAAUUGUACUGUGAUGUUUUUACUAAAAGCUACCCUGUCUUUAAUACUGUUUGGUUUUGUCCUCUUGUAUCUAGUCACCUCCGAAAGGGGCCACUAUUCCAUACCGACCCAGCCCCUCCCCAGGAACAGUCAUGAUGGCCGGGAACCAGGUGAGGAUCAGAACCCAUAACGUAACGCAACACAACAUAGAACACAGUAUAGCAUCACAUCACAUCAACCUUAACAUCACAUAACCGGUAAGAAUCAGAGCACAUGACCAUAGAAAUAUAAUAUUUGACCACCUCACAAUAACCACCUGAACUUCCUCAUCCUCCACACCAGGUUGCGAUAUUGAAUUUAAAUAUUCAAAGUACUUCAGGUGCGAUUAGCAAGAGAAUAGUCCCAAUCCCAAGUAUUUUCAAAUAUCUGAAUAGCAUAUUAAACCCUGGUCUGUAUUAAUUCACUGUAAUUUCGGCCUGGUCCAUAUUUAUCUAUAAAAUGUUAUUGUUGAGAUAUUAAAGACAUUCUAAUAUUGCCUUUCUAUUGUUGUCAGUACGAAAACAUUUCUACGCAUAUCUCAUACUCCACAUUCCUCACACACACACACACACACACACACACACACACACACACACACACACACACACACACUCCCACAUUGCCACUCUGAAUUAUCCAGCAUCCAUUUGAUCGGUGCCCUGUGGACACACACACACACACACACACACACACACACACACACACACACACGGAUGACUGACUACAUCAAAGCUUAGUCAGAGGACACCAAAGAGGACUCAACCUAAUGUUUAUUCAUCAUAGUGUAGCAUGACUACUCAUUAGAAUCACGCGUACGCACACCACACACACCCAUACACCUGCACACACACACACACAUACACACACGCGCGUACACACACACACAUACACACACAUACACAUGCGUACACAUACACACACAUACACACACAUACACACACAUACACACACACACAUACACACACAUACACACACACACAUACACACACACACAUACAAACACAUACACACACACACAUACACACACAUACACAUACAAACACAUACACACGCGUACACAUACACACACAUACACACACGGUUGCAUACAAUAAUAUCAAGAUCAAUCAUCUUCAUGAAUAUUCAGCCAUCAUUUUCUGCCUGGGUUCCAGAGCAGAAAAUAAAUAAAUUGCAAUGGCAUUAAAGUGGAUCUGCCUCUACGUUCCAAAUGGCACCCUAUUCCCUAUAUAGUGCACUACUUUUGAUGAAAGCCUUAUGGGCCCUAGUCGAAAGUAGUGCACUAGAUAGGGACUAGGGUGCCAUUUGGGACAUUGGCUGGAUGUUUCUCAGCUUAUUGCUUGAUGCUUGCGACCUGUGACUGAGGUUCCCUAUACAGUGGGGGAAAAAAGUAUUUAGUCAGCCACCAAUUGUGCAAGUUCUCCCACUUAAAAAGAUGAGAGAGGCCUGUAAUUUUCAUCAUAGGUACACGUCAACUAUGACAGACAAAAUGAGAAGAAAAAAAAUCCAGAAAAUCACAUUGUAGGAUUUUUUAUGAAUUUAUUUGCAAAUUAUGGUGGAAAAUAAGUAUUUGGUCAAUAACAAAAGUUUCUCAAUACUUUGUUAUAUACCCUUUGUUGGCAAUGACACAGGUCAAACGUUUUCUGUAAGUCUUCACAAGGUUCACACACUGUUGCUGGUAUUUUGGCCCAUUCCUCCAUGCAGAUCUCCUUUAGAACAGUGAUGUUUUGGGGCUGUCGCUGGGCAAAACAGACUUUCAACUCCCUCCAAAGAUUGUCUAUAGGGUUGAGAUCUGGAGACUGGCUAGGCCACUCCAGGACCUUGAAAUGCUUCUUACGAAGCCACUCCUUCAUUGCCCGGGCGGUGUGUUUGGGAUCAUUGUCAUGCUGAAAGACCCAGCCACGUUUCAUCUUCAAUGCCCUUGCUGAUGGAAGGAGGUUUUCACUCAAAAUCUCACGAUACAUUCAUUCAACGGCCCCAUUCAUUCUUUCCAUUACACGGAUCAGUCGUCCUGGUCCCUUUGCAGAAAAACAGCCCCAAAGCAUGAUGUUUCCAUCCCCAUGCUUCACAGUAGGUAUGGUGUUCUUUGGAUGCAACUCAGCAUUCUUUGUCCUCCAAACACGACGAGUUGAGUUUUUACCAAAAAGUUAUAUUUUGGUUUCAUCUGACCAUAUGACAUUCUCCCAAUCCUCUUCUGGAUCAUCCAAAUGCACUCUAGCAAACUUCAGACGGGCCUGGACAUGUACUGGCUUAAGCAGGGGGACACGUCUGGCACUGCAGGAUUUGAGUCCCUGGCGGCGUAGUGUGUUACUGAUGGUAGGCUUUGUUACUUUGGUCCCAGCUCUCUACAGGUCAUUCACUAGGUCCCCCCGUGUGGUUCUGGGAUUUUUGCUCACCGUUCUUGUGAUCAUUUUGACCCCACGGGGUGAGAUCUUGCGUGGAGCCCCAGAUCGAGGGAGAUUAUCAGUGGUCUUGUAUGUCUUCCAUUUCCUAAUCAUUGCUCCCACAGUUGAUUUCUUCAAACCAAGCUGCUUACCUAUUGCAGAUUCAGUCUUCCCAGCCUGGUGCAGGUCUACAAUUUUGUUUCUGGUGUCCUUUGACAGCUCUUUGGUCUUGGCCAUAGUGGAGUUUGGAGUGUGACUGUUUGAGGUUGUGGACAGGUGUCUUUUAUACUGAUAACAAGUUCAAACAGGUGCCAUUAAUACAGGUAACGAGUGGAGGACAGAGGAGCCUCUUAAAGAAGAAGUUACAGGUCUGUGAGAGCCAGAAAUCUUGCUUGUUUGUAGGUGACCAAAUAUUAUUUUCCACCAUAAUUUGCAAAUAAAUUCAUAAAAAAUCCUACAAUGUGAUUUUCUGGAUUUUUUUUUCUCAAUUCGUCUGUCAUAGUUGACGUGUACCUAUGAUGAAAAUUACAGGCCUCUCAUAUUUUUAAGUGGGAGAACUUGCACAAUUGGUGGCUGACUAAAUACUUUUUUUUCCCCCCACUGUAUCAAUGUAUUAAUGUAAUUACAUAAAUGGCCCCUUUUUAAAAUUAGAUUAAUGUUCCUGCCAAACGAUGAUCUAUUUGAUGUUAAAUCUCUGACGUUGAUGAGAAAAGAUGAUCAGAAUGAUGUGAUGGUGGUGAUAGGGGACACUGAACAGGAUACCUUGCGUUGCAGUGGGUGAUGUGAUGGUGGUGAUAGGGGACACUGAACAGGAUACCUUGCGUUGCAGUGGGUUGUUUAAUAUAUUUACUGAGGUGCGCCUGACCCCCUGGUCUUUUGACUUAGUUUUAUGUAGGGGAGACCAGAGGCAGAUUUUUGGCGCCUGUGACAUCCUACAGUUUGACUGUACUGAGUCUGACCCCCUGUCUGUCUGUCUGUCUGUCUGUCUCUCUGCCUCUGUGCUUGAAGGUGUUUGAGACGUCUGACUACGGGUCACACCCCCUCUUCCAUAUGGCCCAGGGAGGGCUGGAUUUACAACAA